GUCAGAGUCCCUGGGAGUGGCAGCCCGCAGGUAUGCCCCUGCCCAGGUGGCUGGACCUCAGGCUGCUUCCCCUUCCAGGCCCCAGCCUGUGUCUAUCUGCUGGAAGCCAAGACUAGUUCCACGUCCCUGAGCAUGCGUUAGUCCUUUCCUGCUUCCAUGCCUCAGUUUACCUCGGAGUGAGCUGAGAGAGGCGUCUCCCUGCCUAGCCGAGGCGGCUCCAUCGUAGCAGAGGGCAGUGGUACGAGCCAGCCGCGGGUUCGGGGGUGGCCCAGGUGGCUGCAGAGGCUGCCGGAGUCGGGCCGCCGUUCCGCGCUGCACCAUGGCGCCCACCUUGGCCACUGCCCAUCGGCGCCGCUGGUGGAUGGCCUGCACCGCCGUGUUGGAAAACCUCCUCUUCUCGGCAGUCCUCCUGGGCUGGGGCUCGCUGCUCAUCAUGCUCAAGUCGGAGGGCUUUUACUCCUACCUGUGUACUGAGCCAGAGAAUGUCACCAACGGCACAGUGGGGGGUACAGCAGAGCCGGAGCACGAGGAGGUGAGCUGGAUGAAUGGCUGGCUCAGCUGCCAGGCCCAGGACGAGAUGCUAAAUUUGGCCUUCACCGUGGGCUCCUUCCUGCUCAGUGCCAUCACCCUACCCCUGGGCAUCGUCAUGGACAAGUACGGUCCUAGGAAGCUCAGACUGCUGGGCAGUGCCUGCUUUGCUGUCUCUUGCUUGCUGAUUGCAUAUGGAGCGAGUAACCCAGACUCCCUCUCGGUGCUCAUCUUCAUCUCCCUGGCUCUGAAUGGCUUUGGUGGGAUGUGCAUGACCUUCACUUCAUUAACUCUGCCCAACAUGUUUGGCGACCUUCGAUCCACAUUUAUUGCCUUGAUGAUUGGAUCCUAUGCCUCCUCUGCUGUCACCUUCCCAGGAAUAAAGCUCAUCUACGAUGCUGGGGUCUCCUUCAUCAUCAUCCUUGUGGUCUGGGCUGGCUGCUCUGGGCUGGUUUUCUUCAACUGCUUCUUCAACUGGCCUCUAGAGCCCUUCCCGGGGCCAGAGGACAUGGACUACUCGGUGAAGAUCAAGUUCAGCUGGCUGGGCUUUGACCACAAGAUCACAGGGAAGCAGUUCUACAAGCAGGUGACCACGGUGGGGCGCCGCCUCAGCGUGGGCAGCUCCAUGAGGAGUGCCAAGGAACAGGCGGCACUGCAGGAGGGCCACAAACUGUGUCUGUCCACUGUUGACUUGGAGGUGAAAUGCCAGCCAGACGCUACAGCAGCUCCCUCGUUUAUGCACAGCGUGUUCAGCCCCAUCCUGCUGCUCAGCCUUGUCACCAUGUGCGUCACACAGCUGCGUCUCAUCUUCUACAUGGGAGCCAUGAACAACAUCCUCAAGUUCCUGGUCAAUGGUGACCAGAAGACAGUGAUGGCCACGGUUGGCCUCUACACCUCCAUCUUCGGCGUGCUCCAGCUGCUGUGCCUGCUGACAGCCCCCGUCAUCGGCUACAUCAUGGACUGGAGGCUGAAGGAGUGUGAAGAUGCCUCCGAGGAGCCUGAGGAGAAAGAUGCCAGCCAAGGUGAGAAGAAGAAAAAGAAGCGGGACCGGCAGAUCCAGAAGGUCACCAAUGCCAUGCGGGCCUUCGCCUUCACAAACGUGCUGCUCGUGGGCUUUGGGGUGACCUGCCUCAUUCCCAACCUGCCUCUACAGAUCCUCUCCUUCGUCCUGCACACGAUCGUGCGAGGAUUCAUCCACUCUGCCGUUGGGGGCCUGUAUGCUGCCGUGUACCCCUCCACCCAGUUUGGCAGCCUCACAGGACUGCAGUCUCUGGUCAGUGCACUCUUUGCUCUCCUGCAGCAGCCACUGUUCCUGGCUAUGAUGGGUCCCCUCCAGGGAGACCCUCUGUGGGUUAACGUGGGGCUGCUUGCCCUGAGCAUGCUGGGCUUCUGCCUCCCCCUCUACUUGAUCUGCUACCGGCGCCAGCUGGAGAGGCAACUGCAGCAGAAGCGGGAGGAUGACAAGCUCUUCAUCAAGAUCAACGGCUCAUCCAACCAGGAGGCCUUUGUUUAGCACCCACCACCUCAGAACUGCGGCCUCCUGCCUGCGCUUCCGUGACUGACCCACGUGCCCCUCCCCACCCCAGAGGAUGCCACGCACCCCCAGGAUCCUUUCCUUCACCAUGUUGGAGUUCACUCUCCCUCCCGGGGCCCUGGUCCUGCCUCGGAGUUCUGCGCUGGAGGGACAGGCGAGGGCCCAGGACGGGCACGUUUCCCACUGCUGAAUGCAGGAACUGCCCGGCUUUUCUCUACCACCCCUGACGGACCCUGAGGACUUGGGUCUCCAGAUGCCUGCAGGAGGAGCCAACAGUACCCUUGGCAGGCAGGCACUCUCCCUCAAGUGUCUGGAAUUCUGUCUCUUGCCAAAGCAGAGGGGUCUGCCAUCCGCUGCCCACCACCUGCCCCUCGGCUGCAUGCCCACCAGCCACGCCUGCCUGAGGACAAAGGCUUGCACUGUCUGCACCUCCCUCGCCUGGCCCCUCACCUCCUCCCCUGGCCAGUCUAGGCUGCCUGAGGAAGGAAGGACCCGCUUCCUGUUGUUGGUGCUAACUCCUUUGUAACUCCAGCCCCCUGUGGUCAGUCUGUGGCCUGUCCUCCCAUUUGAGGCCUGUGGAGAAACACCCUCCCACUCCCCAUCCCCCAGCUUACAGCCUGGGAGGGGAUGGAGGGCUGAGGGGUCACACGACCUCAGGAGCCAUGGACAAAGCUGAGCAGUCAUCCCUCACCUCUUCCCUCAAGGCCUACUGGGGGAGCAUGCUUCUAUGCCACCCUCCAUCCUAUCAGCCACCUGAAGAGAAUGAAAGGGCCACCACCAGGCCACCCCCCCCACAUACACAUUGGUUUUGUGGAGGUGGAAGUAAGGCUGUGGCUAACAGAUAUGGAGGUCCAGACCUGGGCAAAGAAGUGGACUUGUGGGGGCCGAGGGAUGUGUGUGAGAUGGGGGUGGAGUGGGCUCUGAGGGUCUGACCCUGUCCCCACCUACCAGACCAGGAGCCUGCCAUGGUAGCAGCAGGCCCACCACCCAAGAGCCAGUCUCGCUCUUUGCUGGGAACUUGUUCAGGGCUGCAGAUCCACAGCGCCCCCUGCUGACAGACUGUGCCAGGCCCUGGAGCUGUUUACGUUGGAGCAGCCAAGCCUGCCUGGCUCACCAACCCACCCACCUUGAUUGCCCCCAGAAAUGUGUCUGAGACCUCCUGGGAGUGCUGAGAGGGGUGAGUUGAUGUUUAGGUUUUUAGUGGGGUUUUUUUUCCUCCUUUUAGUUUUAUCAGACUUCUUUUUAUAAAGCAAUAAAUUCAUUUUUUCCUGGUAAGGGAUCCCCCCUUUAGCAUAUCAGUUGAUGCCUGCAUGUGCCUGUUUUGAGCUUGAGAAGAAAAGUCAUGGCAAGAUUUUUCUGCCACCGACCAGCCCCAGCCUUACCCAGCUGCUCGCCAUCUCUCUGGGGAACUGCUGUCUCAGGAGGGUUGGUAGACCAGAAAAAGACCUUACUCCCCCAUCCCUGAACAAGCUGGGCUUGUGGAGACAUCUUAGAAGUGCAGGCCACCCUCCUCUGCUGUUUAUCCCAGUCAAACAGGCUAAUCCCGACCCUUUCUGUCCCCUGCACCCUUCUGCAACCCUGAGGAUUCCUCCUGCAUUCAGGACAUAGGGGGAGCCCAGGAGAGCCUCAGGCUUAGAGGGAGCAGAGUCAGGAAGCAGUGUAGGACGAAAGGAGAACAGGAGGGGCAGGCCCAGGCCCAGAGUCAGGCUCUGAGUUACCGUUUGAGCACCCUGAGCACCCCAGAUCUCCUAGGCUUUGAUUCACUCAAAUAUUAAAAAUCUAA